GCCCAGACGGACUUUUGAGUCUUUUUCCAAUUUCUUGUUUUGAUUUCGAAUCGAAUGAGUUUGAUCAUUGUAUUCGCAGAGCGGGCUUUUUGCGUUGUUGAACUACUUUGCCUCACUUUCCAACCCCAACUCAAUCCGGCCUCAAUCUCAGUGACCUUGCGUCUCUACAGCUCUCUGGCUCGGGCAGUACGUUAUCAAGAAGCAUCCGGAGCUUGCUAGUAUCUAAGGAGGCAUCCUGCUCAGCCACUGGCGUGUGGUGAGACAUAUUGAGAUCUUGUCAUCCUGUUGGCUCAAAUAAUUAGCCAUGGAGCAUGCCAUGUCACAUGAAGCCGAUCUGAUGGACUGGAGUUCCACUCUACUCCAGACUCCAAACAUGAGUGACAAUCUCUCCUCAUUCAUGCCCGUUGCUGGCAAUGCUGGACCUGAUUGGAAUCCUGACACGACAUACCCCACUCACCUCGAUUUGCGGAGCAACGAAAUGGACAGGACUGAUUCAUUCUUUGCGGAUUGGCCAAACUUCCAAGAAUCCAUAAUGCAUGGCAGCGCCCAUGAGUAUACUUAUGGAAAUCCAGGAUUCGCUAGUCCAUCUUCUGCUCUUUCCGUUGGAAGUGGGCAUUUGUCUAUCGGCAGUGGAGCGAGCUCCAACCAUUCCAGCUCAAGUUGGAGAGGCAGAAGCAAGAUCAAAAAACUGUUCAGUCGAAGCUCUAGCAAGACUGGUGGUGCUAAGAGUGCCAUGGAAGACGGGAUGCCUAGCUGGAGCCUUAAUGGCGCCAAGAAACACAUUUCUCCUUCGCCGAGACGCACUGGGAGAUUGACAGACGAGGGGCGAGCUGGAAUGCGGCUGCUUAGUGGUAAAGGAGCUUGUUGGAAGUGUAAGAUACUCAAGAAAUCGUGUGACCCAGGUGACCCUUGUAAGGAAUGCACUUCCACGAUCAAAGUGGCCUGGAAGAAGGUUGGCUGCCAAAGAGGAGCUCUUGGGGAGAAUUAUAAGCCAGUCCAGCUCUGCCCACUCUCAAGUUCGCUUGAAACAGCUUUCGGGCCUUACUCCUCAGAGGAAGAAGAAUGGGAAGCGAAACAAGCCGAGGCGAACCGACUCUGGGAAGAGGAAAUGAAAGCCCGUUGCGCCGAGAUUGGAGCUACUAGACUAAGGAUCCAUCACCGGAGCUACUUACGUCAUUUCCCAGCAGAAGAGCUCCCGGUUUUGUUGCUGAAAGGGGAGAAAUUGAAGGAACAGGUAGUCAAGGCUAUGAAAGAGCUUGCUCCUAGCCUCGAGGAUCCAAAACGAAAACAAGAGGUCUUCAUGCUUCUGUACCACGCAUCCUUGUACGAAGAAUGGUUCCAACCGCGGAUACACCGCCAAUGUAAUCUAAUUCACCUCUCUAUUCGCUGCUUGAAUCACUCCUUAGAUGCAAUUCGGAGCCAGGCAUCGCAAAUCUCGCUCCACCAUGCAUGCAAGCCCCAAAGAUGCCGCCUCCAUUCCAUCGCAAAACUUCAACAGUCAUCUUCCAGAUACAUUAGAUGCCCUCCACGAAGUCAUGUUCAACAAAUUGCAAUUCGCAAAAGUUCGAUCCUGGUGGCUGGCCAUCUUCUAUAGCCUCUGCAUCCAAAACCUCGUCCGUAUCAACCUGAUCAAAAUCAGCGACCAGUACUCCCUCCACGACGCAGAUCAAUGUUCAACCGCUAGGCUUCACCUGCACUCUUUCAUCUCUCUAUUUGAAGCAGUCUCGGCAGAGUAUGAUCCUAUCACCACCGAAGACGACCCACAGGGUAAUUUUAAUGAGAUUGUACUUGCAAGAAUGGCUUUCAAUCCUUGGCAUUGGGAGGAACGAGGCAUUCAGAGUUCUUCUGAUUAUUUGCGACGCAUUUUUGAUGUGGAUCCGGAGUUUGACAAAUGUACAGAACAAACAAAGGAUGCAAACAUAGAUAGCACUUGAUAGGUAUGCUAAAACAUAUCCUUGUGCCGAACCC